AUGGCCGAUCUCGACAAAGUUUGCAUGGGCAGAUCUGAUCCCGCGCUUGCUAAAGCUCUUGUUGAGGACUCGAAUUCAACCAUCAAGUGGCUGGCUAGCCACGGUAUUCGCUUCCAUCUUUCAUUCAAUCGGCAAGCCUACGAGGUCGAUGGGAGGCUCAAGUUUUGGGGAGGCCUCUGUCUCAAAACAGAGGAUGGUGGUAAAAGCCUGAUCGCCGACUACCGAGCUGCCACCGAGAGAUGCAAGAUUGACGUAUCUUGGUCAACUACGCUCGUGGGAAUCCAGCAAGACCCACACAGUGAGAGCUAUCUGGUCUCCGUCAAGAUUGGAGAAAAGGACUAUGUGAUCCAGGCCACCGCCGUGAUCCUAGCAGCUGGUGGGUUUGAAGCAAAUGCUCGCAUGCGCAGCCAGUUCCUCGGCCCUGGCUGGGACCUCGCCAAGGUUCGUGGAACUCCUUACAAUACCGGCGACGGCCUUGAAGUGGCUAUGCACCAGCUUGGAGCGCAGCCCGUCGGUAACUGGUCUGGUUGCCACUCUGUUGCAUGGGAUGCCAACGCAGACGCGGAUACCGGCGACCGCAUUGCUUCCAAUGAGUACACCAAGUCCGGAUAUCCUCUCGGGUUGAUGUUGAAUAUUGAUGGUCGGCGAUUUGUCGAUGAGGGAAUCGACUUGCGAAACUAUACCUAUGCGAAGUUCGGCCGAGCAAUCCUCCAGCAGCCAGAACAUCUCGCCUUUCAGGUGUGGGACUCUCAGAUGAAGCCUUGGCUUCGAUCAGAAGAGUACCGCGAGGAGCGUGUUGAGCACAUUACUGCCGAGACACUGGAGGAACUUGCUGAAAAAUGUGGACAUCGCGGUCUCCGUGACAAGGAGGCCUUUGUUCGUACCAUCAAAGAGUACAACCAAGCUGUCUAUGCUCAUCGCCGCGAAAAUCUAUCAGCCAAAUGGGACCCCACGAUCAAGGAUGGCCUGUCUACCCAAUCCUCUCAGAAAGAACUGGCCAUCGCCAAAUCAAACUGGGCACUUCCACUGGAUCAGGCUCCAUAUCUUGCUGUCAAAGUCACCUGUGGCAUCACUUUUACAUUUGGCGGUCUUAAGGUCGACCCGCAGACAGCACAACUGAUCGACGCGUCUACUGGUCGUCCGAUUCCGGGGAUUUUCUGCGUCGGCGAGAUGCUUGGUGGUCUCUUCUACUCGAACUAUCCGGGUGGAAGUGGCCUGACAUCAGGUGCCGUAUUUGGUCGCAGGGCUGGCAAGGCAGCCUCGGCUCAUGCUGUUCGUGCUCGAACUGGAAGAUCGCAGCAAAGUGAGAGCGAGGAGGUCUUCCGCAUAACUUCGUCGACCAGCAAGCUUUGA